ACAGCGCCGUAUCAGUCAGUGACGCCGUUUGAGGAAACAGGAACACCCCAUCCAGCGUAAGAGACUCCAGAGAUACUUUCUGUCACGAUGAUGACCUCUACCAACGCCCCACCUGCCUACGUGGCUGCGCCUCAGCCCGUCGGCCAGCAACAACUGGUGACCGUGCAACCCGCUCCCGUUACUAUCAGCACGGCCAACCCACAGCCUCGAAGUGGUAACUGGAAGGGCAUUCUGUGGACAGGAAUAAUUCAAGUAGUUUUGGGUUCCUUGACCGUCAUUCUGGGGAUUGUCACCCUUUCAGCAUUUAACCUUGUGGACUAUAACAGUAACAGUGUGUUCUAUAGCAGGAGCAGCAGUGAUAUCGGAUCCCCAAUUUGGUGUGGUAUCGUAUUCUACGGCUUCGCUGGAAUCUGUGGAAUAGUGUCUGGAUCUACGAAGAAUUCUGGAUCGGCUAUCGGCUACAUGGUCAUGUCCAUCUUGGCUUGUUUGGCGACGUGCUGCGUCAUUGGUUUUGGUGCUGCCAGGAUGGCAUUCAUCAAUGAACAAUGCUAUCCGCGUUAUACGCGUUAUCGUUAUAAUUAUUAUGGCCGCGUCGUGACCGUCUAUGACAAUCCUCCUUCAUACUGUGAUUUGAAAGCGGCUGUCAAUGGUGUUUACGCUACACUGAUCAUUCUCGCCUUGGUGGAGUUUGUUGUCGCCAUCGUUGGUGCCAGCAUGACCUGCGGUCCCCUUUGCAACGGUGGAUCAGCAACUCAGACUGUGAUCCACUACCAAGCUCGACCACACAUGGUGGUUACCACACAGCCCCAUGGCCCGGCCUUCUACAACGUUCCCUCUGGCCAGCCACAAAUUGCCUACCCAGCUCAGCAGGGGCAGUAUCCGCAGGCUCAAGCGCCCCCACCUGCUUACCCAGCCCAGCAGGUGCAGUAUCCGCAGGCUCAAGCGCCCCCAACCGCUAACCCAGCCCAGCACGUGCAGUAUCCGCAGACUCAAGCGCCCCCAACCGGUGAGCAACAGUACCAAGAACUCAUUAAAUAGGUCAUCGAUGACCUUUGACCUGAUGGAAUCAUCUAGGGCUUAAAACGGAAUUUAAGUUUUGGCUUGUUCAUGUAAACUUUAUAUGAAUGCACAUUAAGCUUUUAGCAGUCACGCGUCAAGAAAUAGGUUCGGAGGUAAAGCGAUAUGUUACUCUGGCUCCAUUUUAGAAUAUUUUUUUUCUCAAAUGAAAGUUAGAAUGUUGGAGAUGCUUAAUUUGAAUCAAGCAGUUAAUGAAAAAAAGUAUAAUAUAGGCCUAUUCAGAUAUUUACUCAAUAGCUGUUGUAACAUUAUGCAUAAUGUAUAUAUUAAAUAAACUAAAAAUGGGCCAUUCCCAAAAUCACAGCCUCGGCUGUAGACAUUCGGGGCAUGUUUUGCGUUUCUGACUAAAAUACUAGUUAGUUUUGUUGUAUUUAAUUGCUGCGUUUUCAAAGACGUCCAUCACUGAACGCCAAAGGCAGUGUCUUUCUGUUUGUUUUGUGCAUUCGAAAUUGCUCCGGAGCCAAAUUUAGCCUUAACCAACAGCAGGUUCACCGCUUUACAAAUAAAGGUGUGACCAAUAUAAGCUUUUAUAUAACCGACAUACAAAUCCUUGUCCUUUGAUUGGAGGAACUCCCAUCACGUGACAUUCGUUAUGGCCCCCAUUCACGCCCGGGCUCAAAAAGUAUACUAUCCGCCAAUGGGGAAUGGGAAAUACUAUUUCCAGUUCACUCGGCUUCGCCUCGUGAAAUGGAAAAGUCCAGAUUUUACCUUGCGAUAAUAUUUCUCCCAUUCCACGCUGAGCAUAACAGGGAGUCGUAUAAUUUAGAAAAUUGAGUUUAUGUUAAAUUGUUUGAGGUUCUAGAUAUGGAAUUUAUUGCCUUAGUUUUCAAAUUGGAAGGGGUUUCGGUGUUAUGUUUCACCUGGGGAAUCUGUAUGAUAAUGAAAUAUAAAAACAGCUCUCUGUACAACGCAUGACGAGCUGCUUCUCCGAAUUAGAUCCAUUCGUUGAUCAAGCUGGUAUUGAUGGAAUAGCCCACAUUAGCUUUCUUGCAUUCACAGCAAAAACAAA